CCCAAACUGUGUGGCCGGUCUCGAAACCGCUACGCUACACCGGCAAAGCUGACUCUCCAGCAGGGAGGCAGACACCGUGUACGCCGCUCGUCUCCAUGGAGGCAGUCGCCAGAGCAAGCAUCGCGGCAAGCUCGCACGCGCGGGUUCCCCUGUGCCGGCGCCCGCGGCCGCACCGCGCCGCGCGGUGUCUCGGGGGACGACGUUCGGUGGCCUGCGCGGCCGCCGCCGACGCCGAUGUCGUCCGCCUCUUCGAUGCCGCCAAGCUCACGGUGGACGAGUUUGUGAAGAGCGGCAUGGUGGUCGGGCUCGGCUCCGGCGCCGCGUCGGGGCUCGCUGUCCAGUACCUCGGCACGCGCCUCCGGCGAGGCUCGCUGACCGGCAUUGUCGGCAUACCCUCGUCUGUGAUCUGUGCAAGUGAGGCGGAGAAAGCAGGGAUAAAGGUCGGCAGCCACGAGGAAGGCGCCCAAAGGGCACACUCGCUGCUAUCAUCGGGCGCGGGAAAACUGAAAGCGGGCAGCCUUCUUUCAUACAAGAGAAGUUAUAUGGUUAUCUCAUCUUCCUAUACGCAACUCUUGAUUGGUCUGGAUCCCCAGGGUAUUGUUGAAUCGGCUGACAAGGUUGCUUUUAUCAUUGACAACGACAAAUAUGUGAAUGGCAUCGAGGGAUCCAUUCCAGUUUUGGUCAAAAGUGGAAACUGGAUCGACACCGCUGAAGAGAUUGAUGAUUUGUUCCUAGGCGAUGCAGAGGUUUGGAGGAGGCCAUCAAUUGGAACUGCCGGUCCAUCAGGAGGCGACUUCCCACUGGUAACCAAAGAGGGCCAUCACAUACUUGAUGUUAUCUUCACAACCCCAAUCCAGGAUCUUGGAAAGGUAGCAGAAGGCUUGGAGAAAAUCGUUGGCGUUGUGGACCAUGGGAUAAUUUGCAACACUACGCCGUAUGCCGUAAUUGCGUCGAAAGGGGAAGUUCAGGUCUUGGAUCGGAAGUCAUCGGUGAUACCAAACACAUAAAUCUACAAUUGAGUUGCAGAGCAACCGUUUCGACCGGAGAAUCUUUUGCGAGUUGGCUGGAGAAAAAAAAUGCAAUGAGUCAAAUCGUGCGAUAGCUAUUUUUUGUGCCGUCCGACGUCGCUGUCGGUAAAAUUCUGUGUGGCAUGUCCAAGGUUUUCCCCUAGGGAUGUAUGAAUAUGAUCUCCAGAUGUGUGCAGCUACUGACUCUGCUAGCACUCUGAAGAAUCUGAAUCACAUGUUUAUAUAAGUUGGCCAUGUGAUGGCAUCUUUUCCAGCUGAA